AUGGACAUGGAUACUGCAACUACUACCGCUCGCCCGGAAAAGGCCCAUGGCUCAAGACUGGGUUACUUGGCGGACAAGAUCGCUGUCAAAUCAGAGCCUGGGUUGACCAGCGCUCAGCUGAUGCUGACGAACCAUGAUCUCAAACCAGUCGAACCCGAGAGACGGCAAUGGGGACCUUGGAACUUCGUCGCUUUCUGGGUCGCUGACUCCUUCAACGUCAACACAUGGAUGAUUUCGUCCUCCAUGAUUGUGGGUGGUCUUUCUUGGUGGCAGUCUUGGCUCUGUGUCUGGAUCGGCUACGCCAUUGCUGGAUGCUUCAUCUGCAUGACUGGUCGCAUCGGUGCAGUGUACCAUAUUGGUUUCCCCGUCGUCAACAGAUCAUCUUUCGGGAUCUGGGGAAGUUUGUGGCCUGUUUUUAACCGUGCUGCCAUGGCUUGUGUUUGGUACGGUGUCCAGGCCUAUAUCGGCGGCCACUGCGUUUACCUGAUGAUCCGUUCCAUCUGGAAGUCUUGGGACCGAGAGACGAUUCCGAACACUUUCUCUGCAUCUUCCGGCACUACCACCGCUGACUGGGUGUCUUUCUUCCUCUUCUGGGUGCUGUCGUUGCCCGCCAUCUGGUUUCCCGUUCACAAGAUCCGACACUUGUUUACAGUCAAGUCGUACAUCGUCCCAUGCGCUGGAAUCGCCUUCAUGAUCUGGGCCAUUGUCCGCGCCGGCGGCAUCGGUCCGAUCGUUCGUCAGCCCGCAAAGCUUCACGGCAGCGACUUGGCCUGGGAAUUCGUCAAGGGCGUCAUGUCGUCCAUCGCCAACUUCGCAACCCUCAUCGUCAACGAUCCCGAUUUCUCCCGUUUUUCCAAGAAGCCGAACGAUGCUCUCUGGUCUCAGCUCUUCACGAUUCCCAUCGGCUUUGCCUUCACCUCAUUCAUCGGCAUUAUGGUGUCUUCUUCCUCGGCAGUCAUCUACGGUGAGGAGAUUUGGGACCCCCUCAAGCUCCUCGAGAGAUUCAUCGACGAUGGCGGUUCCGCCCAGCGAUUCGGUGUGUUCGUCAUCGCUUUUGCGUUUGCUCUUGCCCAACUCGGAACCAAUAUUGCCGCCAACUCCGUUUCCGCAGGUACCGAUAUGACAGCUCUGCUGCCCCGGUACUUGAGCAUUCGUCGCGGUGGAUACAUUUGCGCCGCAAUCGGUCUGGCCAUGUGCCCGUACACCCUGCUCACAGAUUCCAACAAAUUCACUACCUACCUUUCGGCGUACAGCGUCUUCCUGAGCUCCAUCGCAGGUGUCAUGUGCUCUGACUACUACGUCGUCAGAAAGGGGUACCUCGAAAUCAGAGAGUUGUACGAUGCGCGCAAGACCGGCCCGUACUUCUUCACCUACGGCUUCCACUGGCGCGGGUACGCCGCCUACAUUGCCGGAAUCUUGCCCAAUGUGGUUGGAUUCGUCGGUGCGAUUGGCGUCGAUGUCCCUGUCGGCGCGACAUACAUCUACAAUCUCAACUUCUUCGCUGGGUUCAUCGUUUCUGGUGGCGUGUAUUGGGGUCUCUGCAAGAUCUCUCCUAUCCCCGCUACUAGCGACAAGUGGAUGGAGGUCGGAGAGGAGAUUGAUGACAUCCGCGUCGCAUACGACGCUGGUAGUAGCCAGGACUACGACGAGGAGAGAGUUCUUGGCCCCUCCAAGGGCAUUGAUGAUGGAGCUAAGCAUGUUUGA